GCAUCGGAGCAGGAUUGAUUUUUUUACCCGCCUCGGUAGUUCUCGGAUUCAACUUUCGUCGCAGGAGGAAUCUAGCUAGUGGAGUGGCAGUGUCGGGUAAUGGAGUCGGUACAUUCUUAGUGGCCCUAAUUAUCGAGGCCGCUCGAGAGGAAUAUGGUAACAGAGGAUUAUUUUUCAUCAUAGCUGGCAUUUCAUUGCAGGGAGCGUUUUUAGGCUGUCUACUCUUCCCGUCAGAAUUAGAAAUUCGACAAAAACAAAUCAGAUAUCAGAACACAUCAUAUACAAACAAAUCUGAUAUUUUAAACAAUAUUUUACAGUCAUUCGUGAUCCUAAAGAACAUCUCGUUUUUAUGCUUAUGUGUAAGCAUGUUUAUUUCCUAUACAGGAAUCUACCUUGUGUAUGUACAUUUCGUGCGGUAUGCUAUUGAGAUGGGAGCGUCCUCUUUAAAUUCGUCUUUCCUUGUAUCAGUUACUGGUGUAUGUGAUUGUAUAUCGCGAUUUUUAACAGGACUGACAGCGAAUGUUGAAGAUAUAGAUGAAAACGUGAUGUUCUUUGGAACAUUCGGUCUACUCGGCAUCUCGACUUUGAUAUUCCCACUGUAUGGAUCAACAUAUGGAGGACAACUAACGUAUGCUGUGUUUCUGGGAUUGUACUCUGGGUGUUGUUACUCAAUACUGAACACACUGAUAAUACAGCGAGUCGGGGUAGAGAAGCUGGCCACGGGCUACGGAACCUGUAUGUUCUUUAGUGGUGCAGGUGCUCUCGUCGGACCGCCGGCAGCAGGUGCGAUUAUCGACUACACUGGAUCGUAUGAGAAUUCCUUUCUACUGGCAGGAUCCUGUAUCACAGUAGCGUCCAUUUUGGGGGUCGUGUCAGCAUAUUUCAGGAAAAGUGAUAAUUCCUAUACUACAGACCUUUCGGAAGUCCCGACUGUUUCGAGAGCUGCAUCAAUGGACCGACAGCUGAGUUGUGCGUCGAAAUGAUCCGUCUACAUGCAAACAGUAGUUUUAGUGCUUAUAAAGAUCUUCAUUUGUUAUUCUACUGGACCAUCUGGAAUAGGAAUCUCUGAAAGGGAGGAACUAAUGCCGACUCCCUAGAUAUUGCUGACCACAUACUUGUCCUAGACGUUACAUAAAAUGCAUUUCUAGAUAUCGCUUGUCGCAUCAUAAGCCUACAUAGCUGGCGACAUCAUGAAAUGCAAGACUGUAUAAUAAAACUAUCACGGGCAAUGAUAAACUGUAUAACACUAUCACGGGACAUUUAAAGCUUUGAUCAAACCAUCACAUGAUAUAUAUAUAUUCAUUAAACAUUAUAUCACAUUCAGCUUAAGCAAAUGAGAAUAAUAAGUUAUCGAUAUUGAAGGUUAGAAUUAUUUUUCACUGUACUAUAUAUCGACCAAAUUGAAAUCAGAUUAUAUAUCAGUACAAAAUCAAA